GCCGCAGAUCGAGCCGCAGCUCGAUCUCGCACCGAACCAAUUGCGCUGCGGGAGUGAUGCUGCGACGAAGAAGAGAGACCGCGCGGCGAAUGACGUCAGCGUCGGCGCUAGUCCACCUUAGCCGGUGCUGUGCGCUGACGAUCGCGUGGCUGGUAACGAUCACCGUUCUACAGCAACACGGCGCAGACUCCCAAGAGCUGAACACGCCGCCGGUGAUCCUGGUCGAUCGCCAUUGGCGUAUCCGGGAGAACACUACCGUGGGCAGCAUGAUCACGCGUGUCACGGCCGACGAUAACGAGGACGACAAGCUGGAGUUCGGCCUUGACGCGCUGGUGGCCGGCCAGGACCAACCGUUCGUGAUCGACGCGCACACGGGCUACGUGUACCUUAACAAGAGCGUCGAAGGUCGAGCGGGACAGAACUUUUUCGUCUACGUCACGGUCACCGAUGGCAGUGUCACGUCGAAGAACGAGGUCUACGUGAACAUUCUCGCACAGAAUGCCACCGGACUGUACAAGAGCCGACCGGGGGCACCCCAGUUCACGCCCAACAUUGACAACAUACGCAAGAUACUGCCAGCCGGCUUUAACCUGCCCGGGAUCGGGACGGGCCACCGACCGCAGGUUCCACUGCCACCGCUGCCACCGGAGUUCACCCGGCGGCCUCCGACGGCCGCAACACCGGUUGACUCCGGCGAGCAGGAUACGCUCCUAACACCGCCGUCACCAUCGCCCACCAAGCAAACCAAAACGUAUCCCGAUCCACGGCCCACGGCCCAUUUGCCAUCCACUGGCGGCGAGGACGCAACGCCAGAGGCCAACGGCAGUACCGAUCCGGAUACGGAUGAGAGUCCGGCCCGCAGCAACGCCACCUGGGGGGGUCGGAUUCCUUCGCGGACCAGUACGAAAGGUCCGGGUCAGCAACCGGGUCACCUGCACACGACCCCGGCCCCGACCGCGACGACGACGACACACCCGACCCCGGUUCGGGCUCACCCGCAGGAGGACGCGAGCACGGUCAAAAUACUGCUGCCGGUCAUCAUCUCCGUGGCGAUCAUCUUCGUGAGUGCGGGCCUGAUCGCGAUCUGCAUCUUCCGCAAGUACCUGUGCGCGAUCAGCAAGACGCUGAAGAAGAAGAACAAAAUCGAUAAAGCCAAAAAGUCAAACCAAAGCAACGCCAGCAGCAACAUCACCGCGUCCGCGUCCAUCAACACGACCACCGAGGAUAGCCGGAACUCGAUCGGGCUCAGCCACUGGAGCGGUCCGAUGGCGUUCAGCAACCGGUACACGUCGCCCUGGGAGCGGGACGCCAACGGGCAUCACCUGCAGGCGACCUCGCAGCUGUCGGAGGAGUCGAACGGGUCGCUGUCGGCGAAGGACCGCUGGGAGUUCCCGCGCCACCGGCUGAAGGUGUUCAACAUCCUCGGUGAGGGCGCGUUCGGGCAGGUUUGGCGCUGCGAGGCGACCGACAUCGAUGGCCACGAGGGCAUCUCCGUGACGGCGGUCAAGACGCUGAAGGAGAACGCGAGCGAGGCCGAGCGGAGCGACCUGCUGUCGGAGCUGCUGGUCCUGAAGUCGCUCGAGCCCCACAUCAACGUGGUCCGCCUGCUCGGCUGCUGCACCGAGAAGGAUCCGAUCUUCGUCAUACUCGAGUACGUGAACAUGGGCAAGCUGCAGACAUUCCUGCGGAACUCGCGCGUUGAGAAACACUACGGCAACACUCACGGAAAGUCCAAAAUACUCACCUCCGGCGAUCUCACCUCGUUCAUGUUCCAGGUGGCCCGGGGAAUGGAUUUCCUUACGUCACGGGGAAUCAUCCAUCGUGAUCUGGCCGCACGGAACAUCCUCAUCACCGACGACCACACGUGCAAGGUGGCGGACUUUGGGUUCGCCCGGGACAUCGUCACGUCGAAGGUGUACGAGCGCAAGAGCGAAGGCCGCCUGCCGAUCCGUUGGAUGGCGACCGAGUCGCUGUACGACAACAUCUUCACCGUCAAGUCCGACAUCUGGAGCUUCGGCAUCCUGAUGUGGGAGAUCGUGACGCUCGGCUCGACGCCCUACCCGGGCAUCGCGGCGGCCGACGUGAUGCGCAAGGUACGCGACGGGUACCGGCUCGAGAAGCCGGAGCACUGCCGCCGCGAGCUGUACAACAUCAUGUUCUACUGCUGGGCGCACGACGCCGGCGAGCGGCCCGGAUUCCCGGAGGUGGUCGAGAUGCUCGACCGGCUGCUCCAGACCGAAACCGAUUACAUCGAGCUGGAGCGCUUUCCCGACCACAACUACUACAACAUGCUCAACAUGAGCGGCGAGAAGCUGUGAGCGGGGCGGAUUAGGAUCUCACCCGGACAGUCGGGGAUUACCGGGCUGCCCGAGCGCCUCUCUCCAGGAAGUGGUAACAUACUCAAAGGGUGAAGUGGACGACGCGUGGGGCACCAGACUCUAGUGCCCCAGAUUAUGAUAAUUGUGAUAAGAUCGCCAAGUUGCUUAUCGUCGUGUGGCGCUAUUAUCGUGUGGCA